AUGAUUGAGAAAUAUCAAGUGCAAGAUAAUGAGGACUUAUCAUCUCUAUGGGAAAACCAGACAAGUUGGGUGCCUGCAUACUUCAUGCUCAGCUUCUACCCUUUUUUGCAAUCCGUGCAGCGGAGCGAGGGGUUCAAUGCCGUGUUAAAAAGAUAUGUUAGCCCCAGCAAUUCAAUAUACGACUUUGCGCAGCAAUACUCGGUUCUGCAAGAGAAGAUACUAGGAGCAGAGAGGCAAGCUGAGGCUGAAACGGCGCUCACCGUGCCGAAGAAAUGGGGGUUCAGCCCGAUAGAGGAACAGGUGAAGUUGGUAUACACAAGAAGGAUGUUUAUCAGGUUUCAGGAGGAGCUACAAAUGACAUCCUCGUACCAUUGCGCGCGGACUGGGCAGAACACAUUUGAGGCCAUUUCGAUGACUGGCCAUUCCGGACAGUACGGCGCCAGGACAUUCAGGUUGGCUGCUGAUAUAGAGGCAGGCAUGUACUCUUGUGAAUGUUGCAAGUUUGAUAGGGACGGGAUUGUGUGCUGCCACAUUCUAAGAGUUAUGCAGCAGGAAGGGGUCAGGGUCCUGCCGCAGCACUACAUCCUCAAGAGGUGGACGUGUAACGCAGAUGCCGCACUCGGGCCGCACAGCACGCAACAGCUAAACCCCGCGCAAUAG